AUGAAGAUACCUUGGAAUUCACACACUUCAUUAAGUUUGUUAGUUUUGUUAUCAUCAAUUCUUUUGCUUUGCAACGGCCAAGAUUAUGGAACGCCGGGCGAAGACGGAGCAGGAGGAGGCGAGCCGCCACCAGAGAUGGCAAAUUGCAACGGUAUUUUCAUGACCUACAGCUUUGGCAGCCGCGAACGAGAGUACCCUCACGUUAAGAACGUGACCGCACAAUCGUGGGCGUUCAAAGCAUCUGCGAUGAUUGUUAAUGCGGGUAGGGAAGAACUCAAGGGAUGGCAAAUGUUCAUAGGGUUUCGUCACAAAGAAUUGAUCGUUUCUGCGACCGGUGUGACUCCAAUGGACGGAGAUUAUCCUCUGGAUGCGAGCAAUGGAACCACGUUCGUUGGAUCGCCAAACACGGAUUUAAAAACCUCGAUUGAAACCGCAGGUGAUUUCACUCAAAUAUCCACGAAUAUCGAAAUCACCGGGACUUUUUUCGGGGUUUCAAAAUCGGUCACGCCCAUGCCAAGAACAAUUAAACUCGUCAACGAUGGUUGGGAAUGCCCCAACGCGAUAAGAAAAGGAGGUAAUAUGCACGUUUGUUGCAAGAGAAACCCUAAGUUCAAGAACAAGACUGGACCAAAGACAAAGUUUGCACCAAGAAGGUACGGUGAUCUGAACAUAGUCUACGAUGUUUUGCAGUCGUUUGACAGCAACUACUUAGCCCAAGUAACAAUCGACAACGAUAAUCCUCUCGGGCGGUUAGACCGUUGGAACUUGACUUUUGAAUGGAUGAGAGGAGAGUUUAUAAACACGAUGCGUGGAGCUUACACUCACAAGAGAGAUCCAUCUGAAUGCCUUUACAGCAAAGCUGGACAAUAUUACAAAGACUUGGAUCUCUCUCAGGUCAUGAAUUGUCAGAAAAAGCCAGCCAUUUCCGAUCUCCCUCCUGAAAAGAAGGACGAUAAAGUGACCGGAAAGUUACCUUUCUGUUGCAAAAACGGAACUCUUUUGCCACCUAUUAUGGAUCCUUCGAAAGCUCGAUCUAUAUUUCAAUUGCAGGUUUUCAAGUUGCCUCCGGAUCUAAACAGAACAGCUCUGAUCCCACCUCAAAACUGGAAAAUCGACGGUGUUCUUAAUCCACAGUACAAAUGCGGGCCACCGGUUCGUGUUGAUCCAUCGCAGUUCCCGGAUUCUAGCGGUCUACCGGCUAUAACCUACGCAAUCGCCAGCUGGCAAGUGGUCUGUAACAUAACUAAACCCAAAGCUCAGGCCGCAAGAUGUUGUGUCUCUUUCUCUGCCUUUUACAACAGCUCUGCAAUUCCUUGCAACACUUGUGCUUGCGGAUGCAAUGACAUCGAUACCGACACUUGCAAUGCUGACCGUAACCCGCUCCUCCUCCCUCCUGAUGCUCUCCUCGUCCCAUUCGAAAACCGAACCCUAAAAGCUAAAGCUUGGGCUAAACUAAAGAACAUGCCAAUACCCAAGAAACUUCCUUGUCCGGAUAACUGUGGAGUCAGUAUUAACUGGCACGUGAACACGGAUUACAAAAAUGGUUGGACCGCAAGGUUAACCGUGUUCAAUUGGAGAGGUUUCGCGUUUGAGGAUUGGUUUGUGGCAAUUGAUAUGGGAAAAGCAGGUACAGGGUAUGAAAACGUUUACUCCUUUAAUGGGACACGUGUUCCACCACACAAUAGAACCGUUAUGUUCCAAGGUUUGCCUGGUAUGAACUAUCUUGUGGGUCAAGUUAACGGAACCAAUCCAUUAAGAGACCCUGCUGUGCCUGGAAAGCAACAGUCUGUUAUCUCCUUCACCAAGAAGAACAUCCAUGGACUGAAUAUUCCUGCAGGCGAUGGUUUCCCAACCAAACUAUUCUUCAAUGGAGAAGAAUGCGCGCUACCAGAACAUUUCCCAAAGAAGAGCUCAGGACGUAGACGCGGUAUCAGUGUCUUGAUGUCACUUGUUUUCGCUAUGGCUGUAGCUUUGGCGCUAAUGAUGUGA